AUGACGAAACGCAGCUUGUCUCCUGCACAUCUGCCACCUGCAAAACGCGUUCAUACAUCAGGGAAGACAAAGCAUCAUCCUGGAAAUGUUCUCAGCUUCGAGAAUUCAUUAUACGACGAACUUAUAUUGUGCAUAUUCUCGCAUCUGACUUGGGUGGAUCUUUGUGUAACUCAGUCGACAAGCAAGAACUGGGCUCGGCUUGCCGCGGACAAUGAACUCUGGAGAGAGCAGUAUCUUAAAGUCUAUGGUAGAACUCGUCUAAGAGGCGCAAGAGGUUUCAUAGGCCGCUUAGAUGGUCGAGAUGUGAAACCACUUCCUGGUCGAGCUGUCGUAGAUCCCAAUCAGAAUAGAGAUUGGAAAUGGAUGUUUCGUAUAAGUUCGAACUGGAGAAACGGACGUUGCCUCGUGGAGAAGUCAUCCACAAAUGUGUCUGAGCAUCCAAACGAUCCUCCAAAAAUUUAUCCAGAGGGGACUCACGAACAGACGCAUAUUAUUUUAGCAGGAACUAUGAUUAUUUUUGCAUCAUCAGAGCCAACAUCACAUCCUUCGGUGAUCCUUAGCAGCCAGACCACUUCUCGCUAUGUUAUUCCCUACUAUGAUCAGCAAGACUCCCACCGCUUACCAGUUUGUAUCACCGCACUAGCUCUAGAUCAAUCUCCUCCUACAACUGGACAUCUAUCACUUGCGUGUUUCGUUUCCACUGGCGAAUUCACUGUGUUCGAUUUCAACCCGUCGUCACCUUCUCAUACCGUUUCGAAGAAGUUCGUGUACCAACCUGCUCGAAGAACAGCGAGGACAAUGAACAUCAUGCAGGCCGCAUACUAUCACCCGCUUCUUGUCACGGUAUCUACCAUCUUUUCACUCUCUAUCUAUGAUCUAUCAUCUGGAGUGGUUCGCCACACACAGACUCUCAGCACUUUCACAUCUUAUCCACCUGUAUCCCUUGUCCUAUCUUCGCCAUCUCCAGGAAACUUUAAACUUGUCAUUACCUAUUCAGUUCCUGUCUAUCCAAGGCACUGGUCUGUCGGUGCAACGGAACUCAUCAUAUCUAACCACUCGGAAACUGCUUCCGCCAGCGGUAGGACAACUCCGACAGUAUUCUCUUCGCCUUCAUUUCGUGAAGAUUAUAAAUAUCCCUUGACCUCGACCAUGUCUGUGAUAACAAGUCGAACGAUCCGCGCUUUUGAUAUGCCAUCGAGUUGGGUUAAUGAUAGUACACUUCGUGCAAUGAGGGAACAGUGGGGGCGCAAGUUGCUCAAUGUUGCAGAUGCUCAAACGGAUGGGAAAUGGGUUGUCCUUGCCCCGGGGACAAGCGUCUAUCCCAUUUAUGGACAUCAACGCAUUCCAUCUUUCCACUCUUCAUUAGAUUCUUCAUCGUCAGCUUCUUCUGCGUCAGCGCUACAUUCUCCAACGAGUCUACAACUUUACAGACUAGUCCUUCCAAUUCAGUCCAACUCCAUUGCAGCAUCUCCACCGAAAUUAAAUUUCGUUCGCACAUUGCACGGUCAAACCAGCCCCGUGUCAUCACUUGCUCUUUCAGAUGGGCGUUGCGUCAGUCUUGGGCAGAAUGGAAGCAUCUGGGUUUGGGAUCUCGAAGCAGGGACUGGCGCUGAGGUUGCUGGAGCUGAUGAGGCAGCGGCGCAACUUAUGCUGCCACUGACCAAAGGAACAGUGUCAUUUGAUGAUAGACGAAUUGUUACCGCGCAUAAAGGGAAGCUCGUUAUUCGACGUCAUGAGACCAGUGGACAUCUCUAUGACAUUUACCUCGGUUGCACAUGUUUCUCCUGUAUUCUUAUGUACUGA